AUGCGGGUAGCCUCCAGGGUGGUCGUCCUCGUCCGAGACGCCGCGGGCUACGGCGCAGCCCUCGCUGACGCGCUCCGGCCGUCGCCGGGGCUCACGAGGGUUUCCUCGCCCUUCGAUCUCCCUCUCGAUAAGUACGGCCUCAACGGCGAAAAGGCCUCCGGCGAGCUCGUUAGCUUCUCUGACUCCAGUGGCUCUCCUCAGCCUUUUCCUGCAUUUCUGCAAGAUUCACUUUACCGCUGCGCCAGGGCUCCCCUUCUUUUCAUGGAUGUAAUGCUCAAAAUUAGCAUAUACCAUUUGACUAUCACUGUGUCGUUUUUUGUUCUGCCUGACUAUAGGCCUCCUGUUGCUGCAUGUGCUAUGAAUGAGAUUUUAGCAUUGAUUUCUUCUGAAGCUCCCUCCAUCCAGCCAGUUCUGAUUGUACCAUUCAUCACAAGACCAUCAGGCUGCUUCCAUGGAAUGGUUAAUGCAACAAAAACUGGGCAGUUAACUACACUUCAUGCUGCUGAAAUAGGGGCAUCAAAUGAGUUUACUCACUUGUUGGUUGACGGAACUAUUAAACCUCGGCCAUCUUUGCAAAUACGUAGUGAACCAAUACAAUGCUUGCUGGAAAUAGUGCGGGUAUUGAAGAUACCCACAGUUCUUCUUGUCACAUCAGGUGGGCAGCACCAAGGCAAAAGUUCUUCAGACUCUGACCUUGAGGUGCUGCAGUGCGUGGGAGAUCACGUAGCCAAGCACAUCAACUUGGAGUUCUCCAAAGAAACUGUCAUUGAGACAGGGGUUGAGAAAUCAGCGAGCAUUCAAGAACCCUGGCGUGAACUGUAUCUGUGA